GGGAGCUGGAUGCACGCUGCUACGGAAGACUUUUCCUCGGAGCUGUUGCUGCUAAGUCUCCGAUCCCGACUGUGAACAGGUCACCCUAAAGAAUGGCCGAGCCUUCUGGGAACGAGCUGGCGUCCGCGGCUGCCAAGGGGGACCUAGUGCAACUUACUAAUUUGUUGCAAAAGAAUGUAAACGUCAAUGCACAAAAUGGAUUUGGGAGGACUGCGCUGCAGGUGAUGAAACUCGGGAAUCCCGAAAUUGCCCGGAGGUUGCUGAUUAACGGGGCCAACCCCGACCUGAAAGACAGUACCGGCUUCGCUGUAAUUCAUGAUGUAGCCAGAGAGGGUUUUCUGGACACUUUGCAGACUCUGUUGGAGUUCAAAGCCGAUGUUAACGUUGAGGAUAACGAGGGCAACUUGCCCUUGCACUUGGCGGCCCGGGAAGGGCACGCGCGGGUGGUGGAGCUGCUGCUGGGGCGAGCGGAGUGCAAGGUGAGCCACCGCAACAACCGAGGGGCCACCGCCUACGACCUGGCCAAGCUCUACAAGAGAUCCGCCGUGGUGAAGCUCUUGGAGGACAGCAGCUUCUUCCCUGCAGCCAUGAAUUAAAUCCAGCCCGGACGUGCUCUCCUGUGGACAUUGAGGCUUUCAGCCUUCUGUUGUGUUUUUGGGGUUUCCUCCUUUUUAAUAACAUUUGUUGCAACCUCUAUUCUUUUCUUUUGAUCAGCUUGAUAGUAUAAGUCUCCAGAGGUGGGUUUUUAGGAAAUGGAAAUGUUUUAAACCCAUGCUGGUGGCAAUUCCUUACACCUGCCGCUUACAGAGUGCUCACAGACUCAGCCGUGGGUGUCUCAGUCGCUCAUACCUAGUUUUACAAUAUCUUUGCAAUUUAUUUUAGGUCAUUGGUAUUAAGUCAUUAAUACAAGAGCUACAUAUUCACAUGUUUUGUGGACUUUAAAAAGUUGCUGGACUUUUUAAAAAAGCCAGUGCACCCCCCGGGGCACUUCCUCCCCCCCCCCCCCCCCCCUUUCAGUCAGGCUUAAAGGUUGGAAGACCUAUUUGGGGUUAAACCAGCAUUUUAGGGGGUAACCUGCAACUCCCUGCUCAGGCAGAGCUUGAAGUCAAGCUAUUUGGCCUGAAGGCAGGAUCGUGCUUAGAUGCUUUGGGAAACAGUUGCAUUUUGACACUAACAGGAGCUUGUAGAAAUAGGUCACUUUCUAAAUGUAGAUGACACUUUUCUCCUUUGUAUAUUUAAACUUUCACCGAGCUGGUUUUUAAUUUAGUUACCAGAAACAGUGUAAGUGGUGUUUUUUGGAUUGUCAGAGGUUUUAAACAGCUCAGUUCAGUAGUUCGUGUUUACUGUGCUCAGUGCACAGAGACUUUUUUUUCUAGUUUCAAAACAAACAGCAGAGAACCCUUGUCAGAGGCAGGAGGACACGAAGGCUGCAACACAACUUUUCUGGUCUUUUCAUUAGCUGAGGGCAGCUUAGAUGCUCUUUAAGAAGUAUUUGUUUUCCACCAACUAUUCUGUUUUGCCUGGAAAUAAGCUAUUUUAAGAAUAAAUGUAUCUCACAACACAGGAAUCUUUUACAGUGACAUUUAGGAAGCAGCAUGUCUGGUAGUCGUGAAGUUACGUUACUGCUUGCACUUAAGAUGCAAUUUAGCCAUUGAAAAUUUUCUACUGCAAUACAGUUGAGAGUAUUCAUCAGAGUUAUUCACCUCUCCAGCUACAACAGGAGCUAACAACGUUCAACACCGUAUGGGGAAGAGUUUAGUAUGAAACUUUACAACUGACACAGACUCCAAUUGUUGGACAGAUCUGGGGCAGUUGAAAGUGCUUUCUUUUGAAUAGUUUAAUUUUUAAUUAUUGUGAAAAAUCGAUGCAAAAUAAACAGUACUUAAGAUAGCACUUAAAAGAGGAAGGGAUGCACAUUAGGUUAGAUUUUAACUCUUAAAAAAAAAUAGCCCUGCAAAACCAGUUAGUACCGUUUUCAAGUUAAAAGCAAUUUGCUGAAACUGCCUGUCACGUCGACUCUACGCUCUAUCACACUGCUGUGUUUUCUGAUUAAAAACCUCUGUCAAAGAUGAA